AACAGAACCAAGUCUAACUCUAAAAAAAUCAAGUAUUUUGUCAGAUUCCUGUAUGUUCUCAAAGGAGAUGGUAAACCUAAACCCCAAACCUUUAUCGUCUUCUGAAUGUGAGAAAUCUUUUGUCACAAAUGCAGAGCUUGUCUGUCAUCAGAGAACUCACAUAGGAGAAAAACUAUUCUCGUGUUCUGAAUGUGGAAAAUGUUUUAGUACAAAUGCAAAGCUUGUCCGUCAUCAGAGAACUCACACCGGAGAGAAACCGUUCUCAUGUUCUGAAUGUGGAAAAUGUUUUGGGCAACAUUCACAUCUUGUCCGUCAUCAGAGAACUCACACAGGAGAGAAACCGUUCUCAUGUUCUGAAUGUGGAAAAUGUUUUGUCAGAAAUUCAGAGGUCGUCUGUCAUCAGAGAACUCACACAGGAGAGAAACCGUUCUCAUGUUCUGAAUGUGGAAAAUGUUUUGGGCGACAAUCACAUCUUGUCUGUCAUCAGAGAACUCACACAGGAGAGAAACCGUUCUCAUGUUCUGAAUGUGGAAAAUGUUUUAGUACAAAUGCAGAGCUUGUCCGUCAUCAGAGAACACACACAGGAGAGAAACAGUUCACAUGUUCUGAAUGUGGAAAAUGUUUUGGGCAACAUUCACAUCUUGUCCGUCAUCAGAGAACACACACAGGAGAGAAACCGUUCUCAUGUUCUGAAUGUGGAAAAUGUUUUGUCACAAAUGCAGAGCUCGUCUGUCAUCAGAGAACUCACACAGGAGAGAAACCGUUCUCAUGUUCUGAAUGUGGAAAAUGUUUUGGGCAAAAUUCAAAUCUUGUCAGUCAUCAGAGAACACACACAGGAGAGAAACCGUUCUCAUGUUCUGAAUGUGGAAAAUGUUUUAGUACAAAUGCAGAGCUCGUCUGUCAUCAGAGAUCUCACACAGGAGAUAAACCAUUCUCGUGUUCUGAAUGUGGAAAAUGUUUUGUCAAUAAAGCAGAUCUUGUCCGUCAUCAGAGAACUCACACAGGAGAGAAACCAUUCUCAUGUUCUGUAUGUGGAAAUUGUUUUGGGCAACAUUCAAAUCUUGUCCGUCAUCAGAGAACUCACACAGGAGAGAAACCGUUCUCAUGUUCUGAAUGUAAAAAAUGUUUUAGUACAAAUGCAAAGCUUGUCCGUCAUCAGAGAAGUCACACAGGAGAGAAGCCUUUCUUAUGUAGUAAAUGUGGGAAAUGUUUUGCCAGUAAAUCAGAGCUUGUCAGUCAUCAAAUAACUCACACAGGUGAGGUGAUUUUAUAAUGCAGCUAUGGAUUAACAUAAGAAUAAAAUAUCUUGCAUUGUGAUUUUUUUUUC